CUCACUAAAAUUUAACCUCGUUGAUAUCGGACGCUAUAAGAAAAGAUGUUUACAGAAAAAAAUAUUUAUAAUCACCUUCGAGAAUUAGGUUGUUGUGAAAUAUGUAGUGUAAGAUAUUUUUGUAAUAAAUAUAUUGAUUUAGGAGAUGUUAAUACUUAUAUAAAAAUGAAUAAUAUUGUUCAAGAUAAACUGGACGAUGAAGAGAAUAAUAAAAAGAUGAAAGUUAAUCCUUGUUUAGUUUGUUUAGGGCUAUUACAAACUGAAUCUAUUGAUAGCAUUUUAAUGGAUGAAAACUUGAAACUUGGUUUGUCAUACGAUAGUCCUGUAUUUACUUGUUCUAUUAGUAUGCCUGCUUGUAUUUUACUUAGGGAACAUAGUAUGAGGUUAUACUUGGAAAAUAAAUUUCCUGAAUUCUUUACAGAAGGCAAUAAGGAGAUUCCGCUAAAUAGAGCAUGGAAAAUGUUUGUGAAAGCUUCAAUUUCAAAAUACUUGCUUAAAGACUUUGAAACUUCAGAUAGUUGUGAUUUUGCAAUUAACAUUUCUUAUGAUCAUAAAGAUGAUGAAACUGAAUUAAGUAGUUUAAAAGAAAUGCAACCAAAUACUUUCCAACAAAGAAAAAUACAAAAAAGAAAAUUUACCGGGGAUCUUUUUGCUCGGAAAUGCGUGGUAAAUGUUUUAGAACAAACCAAUAAUGACACUUUUAAAAAAUACUACCCAGUUCCGCCUUCUAUACCAACGAAUUUUAUUACAAUAAAAAAUAUCGAAUGCAAACAGAACCCAAUGUACAUAGCAGGUAGAUACAUUAAAUUAUCACGAGAACUUUCUCAAAGCCCUUGGAUAAUCGAUGGAAUUCGACUUCAAGAGUCAUCAGUGCAAGAAAUCAUUUUCGAAAGUAUUACGAAACUUUUUAACAUUUGCGAAAAAGAUAUGAAAUUCUCCGCUAGCGGGCGAGAAGAUUGCGACGUUCGUUGUAUUGGAAAGGGGCGACCAUUUUACAUCGAAAUUGCGGACCCUAAACGGCAUUUAACUAAAGAAGAAUUUAAACAAUUAGAAAAAAACGUAAAUGAAUCAACAAUGAUUAAAGUACGCGAUUUGCAAAUAACCUGUAAAUCAGAUUUAUCGAAAAUAAAGGAAGGCGAAGAAUUAAAAACUAAAGAUUAUCAAGCUUUGUGUCGAACAAAGAAUGAUAUUACUCAAGAACAAAUUGAUAAAAUGAAUGAAACUGGUUUAAAUCCAUUUGUUAUUAAGCAGCAAACGCCAAUUCGUGUUUUACAUAGGAGACCUUUAGCAGUUAGAGAACGAACAAUUCAUAAGAUGGACACAAAAAAAGUUGAGGGGUCUCCUUAUUUAUUUAUAUUAAAUAUUAACACACAAGCUGGAACUUACGUUAAAGAAUUUGUUCAUGGCGAUUUUGAACGAACUCUUCCAAAUAUUGGAACUAUUAUUGGAGAUGAAGCUGAACUUAUUGCUUUAGAUGUUGUAUCUAUUAAUUUAGAUUGGCCACCAGAAAUUACAUAUUAAAUGGUUAAAUAAAA